UUUAAUUAAACACAUUUAUCAAUUGUUGCAAAGGAUAACUGUAUAAUAAAUAUAAUUUUAAUUGUAAAAUCUAAUGUAAUAUGUAAUUUUUGUUGCACUAAACUUUUUUAAUUUAAUGUUUGCCAAACAUCAUAAAGUCUAGCAACUGAAAUUUUAUUUAAUUUACUCUUUACCUAUGGUUAAUAUAAUUGGUGCGUUCUAAAAUAACACCUAUUUUACUGUUUUCAGUUAAAGUUUAAAAACAUAAUGAACUCCACACGUAUUUUGAUAACAAAAUUGUGAAAGCAUCGUUUCCCUCUUGAACAAAAAUGAUAUUAUAUACGUUUAUUGCGAGCAGCUCAAAUUCUAAACCUUUUUACAGCUCCAAUAACCGAACUGUUUUAAAUUCUGUCCCAUUAAGCUUUAACAAAACAAAAUUAACUCAAUUUAGUACCGUAUAUUCCUCUGACACACAUCGAUGUUCCAACAAUUGUUGAAACAAACAUAUUAAUACGCAGCAUGGGACCUGUAUCGGAAUUGGAUAUGGAGUAUUCCAUGGAUUGCUAUUUCAGGCAAUACUGGAGGGACCAAAGAUUGUCCUUUCUAGGACCCAUCAAGUCGUUGUCUUUGUCCAUCAAAAUGCUGGAGCGUAUAUGGAGGCCAGACACUUAUUUUUAUAAUGGGAAGAAUUCUUAUGUUCAUACUAUCACUGUUCCAAAUAAGCUGUUGAGGAUUAGUCAAGAAGGAGAUAUUUUGUACUCUAUGAGAUUGACCAUCAAAGCUAAAUGUCCAAUGGAAUUAAAAAGCUUUCCUAUGGACCGUCAAUCAUGUCCGCUAAUUUUGGGAAGUUUUGCUUAUACAACAAAGGAUCUAAUUUAUCAUUGGCAAAAUGACGAAAGCGUUAAUUUUGUGCCAGGUAUGACCCUGUCACAGUUCGAUUUAAUUAGUUCUCCAUAUAGAAACUUUACAAUAAAGAGGAAAGAAGGCCAGUUCUCUGUAUUGCAAGUGUCCUUCAACCUCCAGAGACACACAGGUUAUUUCCUUAUCCAAGUCUACGUCCCAUGUAUCCUCAUAGUCGUUCUCUCGUGGGUGUCCUUUUGGAUCCACAGGGAAGCCACUAGCGAUCGCGUAGGUCUUGGCAUAACAACGGUUCUAACCCUCUCCACCAUAAGUCUGGACUCCCGCACGGAUCUCCCCAAAGUUCGGUAUGCCACCGCCUUAGAUUGGUUCCUUUUCAUGAGCUUCUUCUACUGCAUCGCCACGCUGCUAGAGUUCGCGGGUGUGCACUACUUCACGAAGGUGGGCAGUGGAGAAAUACCAGUGGAUGAAGACGACUGGGAAGAUUGUGUGGAUUCAGAGGAGGAGUUCAUUGGUGGCACGGCUACUGAUUUAGUCCAUCUUGCGAACAGUAACACUGAUGGUAGUAGAAGGCGAAGGAGUUCGCUUAUUUGCCCUAUUUAUAAUAAUUCUUCUCUGCAUUAUGAAAGCCGGAAAACCUCUCUCACUUCCAACACUCAAAUUACCCCACCGCCGCCGCCAAUUCGCUUGACCAUGGAAAGGACUACUCAAACUGAGAAUAAAUUGCCUAAAUGGAAGCAAUUCUUAUACUGUUUGAAGGGAGACGAUAAAUUUAGGAAACAGCGGCAAAGAGAAGCAGCCUCUAAAGGUCCAGGUUCUCAACAUGGGCACACUAGGCACGUAAAUAGCGUUUCUUUGAUCGACAGGGCAGCGAGGAUACUGUUUCCCGCAUCGUUUGGUUUCUUCAAUCUGUGCUAUUGGAUGGUGUAUUUCAUGACACAAGAAGACUUCAAAUGGGGCGAUUCUAAACUCAAUCCAGUAUAAGUUAACAAGUCUUUUAUUAAAAUACUUAAAUAAUAUUUAUUUAUGAAAAUCUAAGGAAAAUGCUAAUCAACUAUAAUCUUAAGGAGAUAAUGCUUAUUUAUAUGUUUACAUUACUAAAAACUAAUUAACUGAUAAUAAGUUACUUUCAUAAACAUAAAAUAAAUGGAAAAUUAAAUAAAUGUAUGUUUAGUGUUAUCUGCAAUAUCUAGUAAAGCGAUUAUUCGAUUAUUCACCAUCAGUAGAACCACCAGUCAGACAAGAUUUGAACCUAGUAGUUGUGAAUUGCAGUACUAGUUGAUACAAAUAAUACUUUAUGCCAGAAGGCACUGAGUAGUAGUGACAUUUAAGAUAAAUAACACUGUGGGUUACGUAUCUCACCCACCCUUAAAAAACCUUGCCAAUAUAGUAUCAUAUGUAAGAGGAUAUUAGUACAUUUUAUUUAAAAUCAUUUUUUUUGUAAUAUUCUAAUAACGU